CGCAGCCCUCUCUUGAAAGUUGCAGCAGCGAGCGAGACAGAGAGAGGAGACCAUCGGUUAUUCUGCGGCGCUGUAAGUCAUGGUUAAGCAUAACAAUGUUGUGCCCAGUGGGCACUUCAGGAAGCACUGGCAGAACUAUGUGAAGACCUGGUUUAACCAACCUGCCCGUAAAACAAGGAGAAGAAUUGCUCGACAAAAGAAGGCUGUGAAGAUUUUCCCUCGGCCAACUUCUGGGCCACUUCGUCCCAUUGUCCACGGGCAGACAUUGAAGUACAAUAUGAAAGUCAGGGCUGGUAGGGGGUUUUCUCUCGAGGAGCUGAAGGCAGCAGGGAUUCCAAAGAAACUUGCCCCGACCAUUGGUAUUGCAGUUGAUCAUCGCCGCAGAAACCGUUCCCUAGAGGGUCUACAGACAAAUGUGCAGAGGUUAAAGACAUUCAAGGCUAAAUUAGUUGUCUUCCCAAGGCGUGCUCGCAAGUUCAAGACUGGUGAUUCUGCUCCCGAGGAAUUGGCAACAGCUACACAAGUCCAAGGCCCUUACAUGCCCAUUGUACGUGAGAAGCCAACUGUGGAGCUUGUUAAGGUCACAGAUGAGAUGAAGUCAUUUAAGGCUUAUGACAAGCUACGUGUGGAGCGGACAAACAAGCGACAUGUUGGUGCCAGGAUGAAGAAGGCUGCUGAAGCUGAGAAGGAAGAGAAGAAAUAGUGAAUUCUAGCUAAUGUUAAUGGCUGCAUGUUUUGUGGAAUUUGGUUCGAGUCUUGUUACUGCAUUUCCUUUGAACCAUUAGCAGUAGCGUUCAUAAUGACAGUUAAGCUGUAUGAAUCUCAAGAUUUCUUGGUUAUAUCAUGUGGUUGGUUUUGUGUUCUUUUUAAACCCUCAUUCUGAGCAUUCCUUUGCUGGCUACA